CACCUGAGCUGAGCCUGCAUGAGCGGCAGCGUCCCUAGAAGGAGAUUGUCGCGGUUGUCGGGUGAGACGACUCAACGUUGUCGGAAAAGGCUAUUGUUCGAAGGCAAGAUGCCCACUGAAAAGAGGCGGAUUCAGGAGAGGGAGAGACAAUUCAGGGAGGCAGCAAAGGGCAGCACAUCACUGCAGGAUUGGCUGCGAAAAAGCCAACCAGCAGUUAACAUGGAAUGGACAAUUUAACAUCAACUAAGAUUAUCAACACAGACGGAAGCUUGGGAGGGUCUGCCAAAGUCAUUACUGAGACAGUAACCACUUCAACCAGGCUGACAUCAUUACCUCCAAAGGGCGCCAGUAGUGUUCAGGUGGUCUCCUCCAGCAGCUCCUCAGGCAGAGGAGGGACAGCGGUGGAGAGGAGAGUCGUCACUCAGAGCAGCGGAGCCAGCUAUGCCAGCUCCUCCUUGUCCAGUGGUCUCUCAAUAGAGAGUGAGGAGAGGUUCGAGGGGGCCACAGGUGGGGGUUUCACCUCCACCUCCACCUGGCAGUGCAGACUCGAAGGGCUCGAAGGGCUCCACCACCACCACCACCCGAAUCAUCUCCACAGGCGUCUCUUCUCCAUUCUCAUUCUCAUCCUCAUCGGCCCUGCCUGAAGGGCUCGGCGCAGGAGCAAGCAGCACCUCCCGUUACCUGUCAGCGGCAGGUGAAGGAGGAGGAGGAGGAGUUGAGUCGGUGAUGUCUUCAGGAGCCGGAGGGUCCAGCUCGGUCACCGUCACCAAGUACAUCAGCUCGUCCACCCAGGGGUCUGCAUUGUCCGCGUCCAUCGGCGGUGGAGAAGGAGGAGAGAGUUCGAGCUCCACCACCGUCACCAAAUACAGCUCCUCUUCAGGAGGUUCUUCAUCUUUGAGUGCAGGAGGAGGAGGAGGAGGUGGAGGAGGGUCUAGUUCCACCACCGUCACCAAAUACACCUCCUCUUCGGAAGGAUCUUCAUCAGGAGGAGGAGGGUCUAGUUCCACCACCGUCACCAAAUACAGCUCCUCUUCAGGAGGUUCUUCAUCUUUGAGUGCAGGAGGAGGAGGAGGUGGAGGAGGGUCUAGUUCCACCACCGUCACCAAAUACACCUCCUCUUCGGGAGGUUCUUCAUCAGGAGGAGGAGAAGGAGGAGGGUCCAGUUCUACCACCGUCACCAAGUACAGCACCAGCUCAGGUUCUUCAUCAGCCAUGUCUUCCUCCGGAAGAGGAGGAGGAGGAGGAGAGGUGACAUCCAGCACCAGGCUCACCAAGUACAGCUCGUCCGGCGGAGGGUCGUCCAGCCUCACCAAGUACAGCUCGGCCGUCGGGAGUUCCCUGGGGGUCGGAGGAGGGUCCAGCGUCGUGGCAGUCACCAAGUACAGCGCCUCAUCCAUGGGCAUGGGCGGAGGGGUCAGUGGGAGGAAAGGCUCGGCGUCCUCCGCCGCCACAUACUCACCACCCCCCGUGGUGAAGAAGACGAUGCUUACCGCGCGCUCGGAAAGCUACGAAGGAAGUUCCAGUCCGAACUCGUCCCCCGAGUACACAAGGAAAGAGUAUGCUGCAGCCAGCGCAGCCACUAGGGGGCGCACCCACACCAGAGAGAGUGAGAUCCGGGCAAGAUUGCAGAGUGCUUCUCCUUCAGCAAGAUGGACUGAGCUGGAUGAUGUCAAGAGGCUGCUGAAGGGUCGCUCUGAGAGCAUCAGUCCCCCACGCUCGCCAACAAACACCCUCCCCAUCCCCAAGAAGGCCAGCGUCUCUGACGCACAAUCAGUUUCUGGCCUGCAGAACAACAUGAACCUGAGUGCUGCCUCCAUGACUGCUGGACUCACAGCUGGCAGUGCAGUCUAUGGAAUGCAGAACAACCUGUCCACCACCACUGGGGGCGCUAUAACUUCAAACGGUCUCGGUGCUCACACAGUGUACGGUGUCCAGAAGAACGUUGGAACCGCUGGUCUGUCCUCCGCAGCAGUGGUGCCCAGUAGUCCCGCGCCGAGCGUCGACGUCUUCGCCAAAGACUUCAAGUUCACGCUGCUGGAGAAGGAGAAUGCGCCGGCCAAGAGAGAGACGGAGCGACUGAUCAUGUCCAAGGACAGCGGAAAGCAGUUCACCACCACGACCACAACCAGCGGCUCAUACUCUGAGGACUCCCUGAAGAAGGAGAAGAUGAAGGUGUCCAGCACAACUGAAACCACCACAGCCAAGGCAGACACAAGCAUUUCAAUCACAAAAGCAGCAACUAAGGACAAGGCCACUUAUGCAGAGAUUCGUAAGGAUGAGAGUGGGGCCGGGGGUGCCCUGGGCUUCUGCUCCUGGUGGAAGUGGCUGCUGGGGAUGCUGCUGCUCUCCCUCCUGUCCCUGGGCCUGCUGUGUGGCCUCAUCGCCCUGGCGGACGAUGUGCGGCAGCUGAAGGCCCGCGUGGACGCGCUCGAGGGCAAUGUGGGCGGCGUCUCUUCGGCCAGCGCCAGCCGCUUCCAGGCUGGCCCGUCCACCGUCAACAUCGUCUUUGGUCAUCGUCUUUUCAACAUAAGUCCUCCUGGUUUGCUGGGACUCCCCGGACAGGAAGGACCCAGAGGUCCCAAGGGAUCUCAAGGUGAUGCCGGUGCUGACGGGCUGCCAGGCCAGAGGGGUCGUGAGGGACCAGCGGGGCCCCGUGGGUAGCCGGGCCCGCCAGGCGUCGGAGAGAAAGGAGAGAGAGGUUCCGCAGGAGAACCUGGUGCUCCAGGACCUGCUGGGCCAUCAGGACCAGCUGGCCCCAAAGGUAAGACCACCACCAACACAACCACUUCCACCAUCACCACAUCCACCACCACCAACACCACAUCCACCACCACCACACCACAUCCACCACCAUCACCACAUCCACCACCACCAACACCAUCACCAUCACCACA